GCAGCAGUUCCCACAUGAGUGCCAUAGACCUUGACUUUGUCUACUGGCCAGUGGAGCCUUCACCUCGGACGACAUGUCUUCCUUCUCUAUCCUGGGUAGGAAAGUAAGCCCACCAAGGUGCUUUUGCCUUGAAGAUGACAGCAAAGGCCUGGUCAGCGUUUGAGAAAAAGGAGUUGUGCUGGACAGAGCCAGUCAAAAACCCCAAGCUGAAUUCCACCAUGAAGUGCUGCCGGGUGGCGUUGCCACCUGGGAUGGUUCACUUUGGGUGGACCCACUGAGCGCGCCCCCCUCUUCAUCAGCCAUGGGCAAGGGUAUGGGAAGGACUUCCCAUUGCUGGCGCAUGCCAUUAUGCAAUGGGACACAACACCGACCACAGUGACUUUGGGCCAAAAACUCUUCCAAACCUUCUCUGGGCAUCAGGGGGCUUCAGGGUCGAAGGGCGGGUGUCCCAAGCAUUGGCUGGAGCAGUUCAUCACCUGGGCCAGCCACCGCAAGCAUUCCGCCACCUGAAAGUAGUUUAUAUGUGAAGAUUAUAUUGCAGGGGGCAGCGGCAGCUCUCGAGAGGUUUAGCUCACUGCUCCAGAGGAGGGCCUCCACUCAACUUUCUUCUGGCCACCCCGCAAUGCUUUUUGAGCGAGGCUGCAAUGCUUUUGGGCACUCCUCCCCACCACCCAGCCCCAAAGCCACAACCAGCCAGGCCAGAACCACAACCACAACCAGCCAGGCCACAACCACAACCACAACCAGCCAGGCUACAACCACAACCACAACCAGCCAGGCUACAACCACAGACUUCGAACAGUCAAACAAGAACCAGGGAGCUCUCGAUUGCCAGGCCAGGGAGAACCGAUUGCCAGUGCUCCUGGAGUUCUCGAUCCACCUGUAUCUCACCCUGCUGCAGCUCCUGGAGCUUCAGGACGGGAGUGAAGAGCCUGGCCAGACUGUGACGAAACCACUCUCACCUAGCCAACGACGGCUGGGCUGGGAUUUCUGCCCUCCUCACCUCAGCACCAGAAGAAGAUGCUUGUUUGCCGACUCCGAUGAUCCACAGACCUUGCAAUUCUUUGUAAAAAAGUGAAGUUCUCAGAGCGUUGAAUCUGAGUCUAGCCGUUCUGACUUGACUUGGGAGGUUCAUUUUGCGUUCAACCUGCGGUCUUUGGCUCUCAGUACUCUGGACUGUCAGGGUCUACUCACAGGCCGUUUCCUGCGCAGGCCUUAGGCGCCGUAGGCUUCAUGAUUUGGCGAGUCAUGGGUGCAGUUGCGGGGUGGCUUUGUUUGUUUGGUCUUGUGCCCCUCUCCAGCAGCUCCCGUCCACAUUUGGUGGAGACCUUGGAGGCCAAGCACGUGCACAAGGUGCACAAGGGUCACAGCAAGAAGGGCAUUGAGGAUGAUUUUCUGUCACUCACAAAGAAUCUCGAUGAGUAUGCAGCCCUCUUGCAGAAUGCAAAGACCGCUUCGCAGUCCGCAGAGGUAGCAGCCAAGGAGUUUGCUGCGGAGAAUCCCAAGGAUUUCAAGAAAUAUCAGCACAAUGUGCAAAGCGCAGCAAGAGAGGCUGCCCAAGCUUUGGAAAAGGCCAACGCGCAGCUGAAGAAAGAGGAUGAGGACAUGCCCCGCGAAGCUCUAAAAGAAGCUGCGGUUGAAUAGAUCCAACGAGAGCAGAGAGCAUACUCGGAUGACAAAAAACGAC